GUCACCAAGCUGUCAGCAAAACAAACGAAAAAAAGCAAAAAUCCAUUAGCAAUUUUCCUGGGCACGUAAACAUUUGCAAAAAUAGUUGGAAUUUUUCGUGAAAAACCUUGAAAAAGUAGUGAAAAUAACCCCAUUCUUACUGUUGAAUGUGUUCCGAACGAAGCCCGCAUCUGCCGUGUCUACUGCCGUGAGAGGAGGAGGUAAAGGGGGCGUGUGCCUUCUCUGGUCGCGAGUGUCAGCCAGCUCAGCAGCACCACCAUGCAAAAAAUGCAUCUUUCCCAGGAUGUGUCGAGUGCGCUGCAGCAGCUCGAAAUCAUCAAGCAAACGGUGGAGGAGAUGGACCCCAACAAGCUCCAGCUGAACGUGAUGGACGAUCUGAAGAUGGUACUGGAUCUGCUGCAGGAUCCGGUAUUUCGUAACAUUGUCCAGAUCCAGGACUCGUUGGCCGAGCUGAACAACCAGAUCACGCAGCAUCCGUCGAUACUUCCGGGGGACUUCGACAUCGCCAACAGCGGGGAACUGGUGCUCAAUGUUCCGCCGGUGUCGGAUCUGUUCGACGCGGACUAUCCGGACGAGCAGCGAGUUCCCUCGGCGCAGAUUUCACCUGGUAGCCCUGCGCCACCGCAUUUGCAGCAGCAGCAACAACAGCAAAAGAUGGUAAUGAUGGAACAUCCGGCGCAGGUUCCACAACAACAGCCACUGCCACCAUUGCCCGCCGUUCAGUUGCAGCAUACUCCGCUGAAGAUGACCAACGAACUGAUGGAUAGUGGAGUCGGAGAGGAGCAUCUCAAGUUGGAUUCUCACGAUGAAUCAGCAUUGCUGCAGGGCCUACACGAUGGAUCAAAACUGUCCGGCAGUGGAGCCGACAUUGCUGACGCUGCCGAGUGGUCCCGAAUCUUGGACAUCGAGCUGGUCAACGAUGGCACCGGGCUUGGAUUCGGUAUCAUCGGAGCUCGUGCCACCGGCGUCACAGUGAAGACAAUCCUGGCGGGUGGUGUGGCUGAUCGGGACGGAAGGUUGCAAUCGGGAGAUCAAAUCCUGCAGAUUGGGGACGUGAAUUUGCACGAGAUGGUAUCGGAGCAGGUGGCUUCGGUGCUGAGACAAUCUGGAACGCAUGUGCAGCUGGUGGUGGCCCGGCCGGUUGAUGCGGUCAACGGAGGAGCCAUUGAGGAGUUCGAGAGCUCCGCUAUUGUGCCAACCGGGUUACUUGCCAAUCCGCUGAAGUUGAAACAGUAUCUGGCGGAUUCGGGGUAUCCGGAAAUAUUUAGUGUUUAUUCUGUUGCCAAUUUGGACAAGGAGAGCUUCGAUAAGGACAGCCCAAUUGAUUUCCCCGAGACGGAGAUUUUCACUGUGGAACUGAAGAAGGAUCAGAAUGGCCUGGGAAUAACCAUUGCUGGAUAUGUAUGCGAAAAAGAAGAGCUGUCGGGAAUAUUUGUUAAAAGCGUUUCCCCUGGAAGUGCUGCUGAUUUGAGUGGUAAAAUCCAGGUUAACGAUCGGAUCAUAGAGGUUGACGGUCAGUCUUUGCACGGCUUCUCGAACCAUCAAGCAGUGGACGUUCUGAAGCAAAGUGGCCAUGUUGUGACUCUGUGCCUGGAACGGUAUCUCCGAGGACCGAAAUACGACCAACUACAACAAGCCAUCGCGGCCAAUGAGAUGAAGCCUCCGACGCCGGCCACUCCACCACCGGUCUUGCCCCAAGCCGACCUGUCCAAGUACGGCAAUAAUAUUCUGGACAUUCUCCCAAGAACCCUUGAUAAGAGAUCCCCCGAAGCGAAGCAGUUCAACAAUUUCAUCGACGACGAGCAGAACCUGAUGAUGAUGAUGACCGAACCGGACCAGGACCGGAUCGAAACGCUCAUGGCUCACAAGAAGCUGGCCCGAGCCAAGGAUUCCAUGGAGAGCCACGAGUACCGUGAAAAGAUGAUGGAUGCCCCACCGCCCGCACCAUCCAACGUGGACGCGGAACUGGAUUUGCUUCUUACGGAGACCAGCAAUCUGAUCAAACAUGGUAAACAGCGCAGCUCGCUCAAGGUUAACGAGGACACCGAGGCAUUCAUCGUUAAGAAAUGGAACAGCAUUCUGGGGGCGAAUGUGAAGAUCAUUGUGGCCAACAUCAGGAAGUUUGCCGCCUCGAGUGGUCUGGGAAUUUCACUGGAGGGAACGGUGGACGUCGAGGGAGGCAAGGAGGUACGACCACAUCACUACAUCCGGUCGAUUCUGCCGGAGGGACCGGUUGGACAGAACGGCUUACUGCGGUCUGGAGAUGAGUUGUUGGAGGUCAACGGACAACGGCUGCUUGGUAUGAACCACCUGGAGGUGGUUUCCAUUCUGAAGGAGCUCCCGCAAGACGUGUGCAUGGUGUGCGGCCGCGGCGAUCAGGAAAUGCUCCAGUUCACCGAGGAGGCGCUGAUCAACACCCUGGAGGAGGAAGCCGCCAAAAGCCGCGCCGGUGUUCUCCAGAGUAGUCUAACUCCGUCGGAACGGUUGGUGAAGGCCAAGAGCGACGGAAGUCUGGCAACGACCGGAGGUGCCAACGACGGCUUCUCGAAGAUUAAGUCACGGAGCCUGGAACCGCUGACCGGGUUGGCCAUGUGGAGCUCGGAACCGCAGAUCAUCGAGCUGGUGAAAGGUGAGCGUGGUCUCGGGUUUUCCAUCUUGGACUAUCAGGAUCCGCUAGAUCCGAACGAUACGUUGAUCGUGAUCCGGUCGCUGGUUCCUGGUGGUGUGGCCCAGCUGGACGGUAGGUUGAUCCCGGGGGAUAGGUUGUUGUUUGUGAAUGAUACGGUGUUGGAGAAUGCCUCGCUGGAUCAGGCGGUCCAAGCGCUGAAGGGCGCUCCGAAGGGGGUGGUCCGGAUUGGGGUGGCGAAACCGUUGCCGAUGCAGGACUCAUCGAUAACGGCAUUCGAGGGGGACAAAGGGGGAGAUGGGGGCGCAAUGGGAUACCACGGAAACGACGGCAGUCGUAAUUCCGUUGGAAAGAUGUUAUCUAUGAGUAAGCCGGACAUAAUUAUGGAAUGAGAACGUUUAGUCAUAAGCAGAGAUGAAUUUGACCGCUGUAUUACUUUAGUUAAACAGUUAACGGAACUUUUUCAGUUUAUUGAAUUUGUUUGCUCCGUCACCAAUGACCGAAACUUGGUCUAAGUUUACGGGCGAUGACAUUUUUGCUGAAACCUUCCAAGCAAACCUAUUCUCUCUCUAUCUCAAAAGGCUUUCCACCGGCGUAAGUGGCGUGCUCACCCUAAUCCUUGCCCGGUUUGCUUUAUUGUGUAGGAACUCAUUUGGUGUUUGGUCACUUUACUCCUCAUCGCAUCCAUUCCAUCCACAACAAAGUAUUAAACGUUGAGUAUUAGUUCUACUUGUUUCUUGUUUCGAAUGCACGUUCUUCAGCACGUUCUCCCAGCAGCCAACACGUUAGUGUGGACCUUAUUGUUGAAUAUCUCAAGAGAAAAAAAAUGAAUCACUCAUACCGCGGCACUCACAUUCACCCACACAUCUCAUCCGCAUAACUCAUGCAUCACUCAGUUUGCGUUCAGAACUCAUUGGUUUGGUUCGUUUGAUUUCGCGUGACCAUUUCAGUAUCCGUUCCAUAUGAUUUGCGCUUUCACAACUUGUGUGUGUGGUGAGAAUAAUAACAGGGACACAAAUCAGUGUAUUCAUUUCUGACUUAUGACGUUAUAAUUGGAGGAUUUACGAGAACAAACAAAAGAAAAAAAAUCAACCAAAGCGAAAAGAAAUACGGAAACCGAGAAUCAAACAAUCAAAAUGGAAAACUUGCCACAAGCUGACCGAUGACCGCCGCGUCGUCGAGGGGGGAUUUGUUGAAUUAAGUAAGAAGCAACUAAUUAGGUGACCACGUCCGUCGGCUACCAAUAGUGGCCAGACGUUCGGGAACGUAGCGUGCCGUAGUGAAAAAUCAUGCAGAGUGUCGAUGUGCGUUGUACUUUUGGUAGCAAAGAAACAAAAAAAGCCAUGAAAAUCAAAGCAGAGUGUUUUAGGCCUAAUAGCGAGUAGGAAAGGUGUGGUUGCAUUGUGUAGUGCGGUUGCUACAGCGUUUUCUCUGAUAAAUUUUCAUGGGAUUAUUUUCCAGGGUUAGUGCUGCAAUUUCUACAGGAUUUUUUUCAGGAUAUUUUUCAGAUGUUGUUGCGGGAGUACUUUAAAGUUCUCCCAGAGAUUUUUUAACUAAUUCACCCAGAACUUCUACAGGAAUUAUUCCUGGAUUUUUUACUAAAAUUUCUUCGAUUUUUUUUCAAAAGUUUUUAAUGGGUUUUCAGCCGGAAUUUAUGCCGAAAUUCCUUUCGAAGGGUAUUCCAGUUUUGCUUCCAGAGCCCCUCAUUGGAUUCAUCGCGGAGAUCCUCCUGUAAUUACUUCAAGAAAUUAUCGCGAGCUUUCGUCUAGAGUUUUUGCUGGUAUCCUAAAAGCCUCUGACACUUUUGAAGUUUCACUCGAGAUUCCUUCCGCGUUUGCUCUCGGGAUGUCAAUCAGAGCUUUUCUGAACUUCUGAACUCAAGAUUACUUCUGAGGUACAUUCAGCGUUCAUUUUGGGGCUUCUAUAGGAAUUAUUGUUAUUAUUUCUCCCAGGUUUUGCCAGGCUUUUCCUCGUAGUUGUUCACGAGAUUUCUUGCUAAGAUCGUACACAGAUUGCUCUGAGGGAUUUCCCAGGAUAACUCUCAGCGUUCUUCCUAGAAUUCCCACCGAAAUUUGUCACGGUAUUCCUUUGGGUGUUCCUUUUGAGAUUUCUCUUCAAAGUUCCUUAUUGGAAACUCCCUGAGAUAUUUCGCAAGAAACCUGCUGGAGUAUCGCGAGAAACUUCGAGAAGAACUAUUUAAGAAAUAACGAGAGCAACUUCGUGCAAGCUAUCCGAGAAAAAACGGUACAACUCAGGGAAACUUGAGGGAGUAAUCUUGGGGUGGACAAGGAUGUGGAAAUAUAUGGGAAAUUCCGGAAGGAACGCUGGAAACCUUUGAGAGAAUUUGUCAGAGCAACUCCAAGAUAAUCCGGGCACCUGGAAGAAAUCGCAGGAAAAAAUCACAAAAAUCCCGGAUACAACUGACUGUUGGAUAGCUCUUCCAGAAAACCACUAAGAGUAAUCCCCGUAUGAACUUUGGGAGAAUUUUGUUAGGAUCUCCGAAAGCAAUCCCCCGAGAUCCUAUGAAAUAAAUCCCAGGAAGUGCUCAUGAAGAAACCCUAUUGAAAACUCCUUCAGAAAUUCAAGUAGAAACUCUGCAAUAAAUCUCAGGAACAACUCUCAGAAGUCUCGGCUCCGACGGAAAAUUCUGGAAGACACUGUGAGAACAAAUCCUUGGAAAGGUCUGGAUAGAAUCUUGGGAAACACUUCUUGAGAAAGAAACUCCAACAAACCUCCAGGAAUUCAAGAAAGAACUCCAAGUUAUCGCGAGAAGAAUUCAAUAAAAAUUGGAAGAAGGAAUUGCGGUAUACCUAGGAAUCCCGUAAGGAAUUCAAGGAAGAUACCUAAAUAGAAUUUCGGGAGCAAUUAAAAAUUGCUUGUUAUUUAGUAGUAGUCUGCCGAACAAUAGGUACUCAGUUUUGGCCAUCAUUUGCAAUUUUCUUCCAAGCUAUUGAGCCUACUGCACACAACCACAUCUACAUAACAAGCCCACCAUUCGAAGAUGUUCCAGUAUAGGUAAUUUGUGUAGCCGCCAAGACACCGUAUCUCGACAAGCUUCUAAUAGUUUGUCGAAAAAUACCCCAACCAUGGCUACACAGUACUCAGGCUUCGCAUUGGGUUCUGCCUGUAGGGCAUGUACUGUCUGAUAUGUAGUGAGUUAGCUUUUCCGGUUCACGCUUGAACGAAGUAGAACUUCAACUACUACAACUGAAGAAACAGCUAGAAACAUUUGAUCUAAUAAACUCACACUUUGGUAGAACAGUAGUAGAAUAGCGCGUCCGUAGAUUUGAACUCGAAUAUUACGCUAGUGAACAUCUAUUUUUUCUCCGAAAACAUUCGGAUAUGAAUUCGAAGCCAAGGGAUGACGAAUUUUUCCACUAAAAUGCAAUGAUUUACCCUCAACAUUAGUUAGAAUACCGAGAAACCGAAUGAGUACGUAGAUCAUCCACCAUACACUCACAAACAAACACACACACAUACACAUACCAAUCGUUGACCAUCGAUGGUCGUCCUUGUGUAUCCGAAUGAAAUGUGUCAAAUAAACUGUAAACAACGUAUAAUCACAGAACAGAACAAAACAAGUGAAAAUCAAUCAAAAAACGCAAAGUGAACCCCGCAUUCCAUCCCUGGCACGUAGAUUUACACAAACUCGCACUUGCAAAACCUAUUUACGAGAGUAACACCAAACAGAAGAAGAUGAAGAAAAAAGAAAACUUCACACAGCAACUCAUGUAAAACUAACUGUAAUCUGAUAAGGUAUUUUGAUAGAAACAAAAAAGACUCUUUUUUCCUUGUACUUAAACUAUUUCUAUAUUUUCUCUUUCUAUUUAUAUGCGUCCACCUAUAUUAUACAAAACAAAAAUAAAUGAACGAUUAAGAUCGAAGCAAAUACAAAAAGGGACUUUAAUAUUUACUUAAAAAUCUUUUUGUUGGAGUUGUACUUAUUGAAUGGAUGUCUCAGUCAUUGCCAAAAUUACGGCCGAGACACUUAAGUGUUAGAUGAUUUCGAAAUAUGAAAUAUUUAAUUAUCUACACAAUGGUAAAAGUGGGAGAAAAUGAAAUUCAACAGGAAUCACAUUUACUGAAUGCAACUUUAAAUUUAUUGAUUAUUGAACUAUUGAAUAUAUGAAUGCAAGUAAACAACAACAAAUAUAUUAUUAUGGCAGAUAUAGAUUAUUUAUAUACAAUGUUUAGACAAGAAAAAUCCAUUCCACUUAGUUUAAAACUUAUGCAAUUAUAUAUAUAUAUUCUAUACGAAAAAUGACGAUACUUGAUCAAUAUAUGGAUGGUAAUUACACACACUGCAAAAUGUC